GCGGGUAGCCGCAAUACAUCUUGGAACGUCUGCGGUGACGAACAUACGCCAAAUCCGAACACGUCAGAUCAAACUUAAACUCCUUUGUCAAUCGGUCAACAGGUGGUGAACGAAACUUGGUCUUUUCGUUACAACAACAGCAGUAACGCGACAAGGCAAUUAGGACGCGGAUACUAUCAAUCGGAUCUAGCGGUGCGAGCAAUUCAAGGGCCAACAGCAUGCGGUGCUCAGCCUUCUGCGUUCUACUGCUAGUAAUUAGUGAACCUCUUCUUGUUCAUGCAAAAGUAGUAGUGCUCGUAUCUCGACAUGUAAGACGAAGUCCUGCGGUGCCAUGGAGGCCUCCUUCAACACAUUAUAAAAAAUCAUCUUACAGCGGCAAUGAUUUUCAUCGUCACGCGUACUACAAUUAUGGUAAUCGUUAUUACAACAGGAAACCAUAUCGACCGUUGCCAUAUCCGCAGGGAGGCGAUGAUUUUGACCAAAGUCACAAUACUGCAAAUCACGUACACAUACCGCAUGGUAAAGAUAUUAGUCACGGCAUCUCGUUUGGCAAAGGGUACAUUCCGUAUGAGAAUAUCAAGAGUAGUGGCUUACCGUUCGUGCAUGAGAGAUAUGCCGGUGCUUACGAACGUCAACCUAUCGUUCCGAACUAUCCGUCGACUGGUAUCACAUCGGUAGGUCAGGAAUAUGCAGCAUCAGCGAACGCACAUACCUACGAUAGCUCGCAUAUCGACUCGUUCUUCUCCGAUAUGGAGGGCGCUGCUAGGAGUGAGCUGCAAAAUACCUUGAAAGAUACUAGGAACAAAUAUUACGCCUCUCGUUCGAUUGAGAAAGAUCUUAGUCUGAGAAAUCAACAAGCUCUCAAUAAUGCUGUGGAAAAGAAUAGGGAUUCCUUGGCGAAGGACAAUGAACUACCCAAGGACGCUUCACCAGCCGCAUACGGUCAUAUUCCCGCUGUUGUUACGGCCGCUACUGCGACUAAUGCCGCCGCCGUCACCGGUAUGCAAGGUGCUGUAGUAUUGCCGGCUGGUAUACCACCAGCUACUAUCGCAGGUAAUAAGGAUGGUAUCGUAUUAAGGGAUACUGUAUCCCUGGACGAAUAUCAUAGAAAAUUAGAAGAACUCACCAAGACCUGGCCGAGUGUGUUAUCCAAUGGUGUAAGACCCAACAGUUAUUCUAGCGUUCAUCAGUCGUUACAUGCUGUCGAUAGUUUUCCAUCAACCGGUCUAUCGGUUGACGGUACCGGUUAUGGCAGUACAGGCACUGGUUGGAUGUCCAACUUCGCUCAGUCUAAACAAGGCUACGACGUACGAGAGGACCAUGCAGAGUCCACGAGCCAUGAUUUCAGAACAAUGCCUAUUCACAACACACCGUACCAUCUAUUGCCGCCGCUCUCUAUGAAUGUGGGUAUAUCAGCCGGAGUCGUGCCACACCAAGGAUAGUUACGGCCGUAUACAGGCCGUGCCAUCCGGACUUCGAUUAAUUUUGGAUAUAAUUUUGGCGAGUUCAGUUUUUCGUUACUUCCUAGAACUAUGUUCCAAUAUUCACUGCCAAUAUUAAAAAUGUAUAGCAUAUUCAACAUAAAAUAUAGAUUUUCAGUAUUGAUGGUCAGUAUAGGAAUACAGUCUAAAUAUACACACAGUAUAAAUGUAUAUUACAUAUUCAAUAUAUUACACGAAACUGAAUAUAGAGGCCGCGACAUUUGGCCUUAAAUAUUGAAAUUCGAACUACGGCGAAAUUACGUCAAACGUACAGCAGAAUUUCAAUCAACAAUAUAUGCGACUACCACGGUGCAAUGAUAAUAUGUUCUAUAUGUGUGUGUGUAUGUGCACGCGCGCUUACGUGUGCACGAUAUGUGAUUUUACAAUCUUGCUUUUGAUUUAAAUCUCGUCUACGAUCCCUUCGUUUUUUUUAUUUUGACAUCCUUAUAUCGUUAUAGCGAUAACGCUCUCUCGUUUGAGAAAAUAUUAUUGGAUUGACGACGAUAACAAAGUCCGAUUUUUACGAUGAUCAUUUAAUACGAGAGAAUAGUCUAGAAAUUACGCAAAGAGAAUUUCUUAAUAUUUCAUGAAUCUUAUAUUUCCUCUUUGGUUCUGAAUAGGGAGUUAAAGCGUGAUUGCACGUUUGUAAGAUAUAUAAAUUUCGAGCAAAUUUUAAUCUCGAUUAGCUUGUCUGAGUUUUCUUCAUAUAUCUAGGUUAAAACACUUUAAUAUUACUUAAGAAAUUUGACACGGUGAUGCCUGCACAAAUACCCCAAUAGUUUUCGAAAUUUAGAUGUCUCCUAUUAAUUUUAUAUUGCGACGUUUUACAGCUUUAUUUCCCCGAGUUAUUCUCCAUAGAAUUAUUCUUCGCAGAACAAUUAAAUAUUUUACAAUUAUCGAAUAUGAGAAGAAAUCGGGACGAUUAUUCUUCAGACGAUAAAAAUAUCAACUGCAACUAAUAAUAUUCAAUAUUGCAUAAUAAUAAUGUUAAAAUGUUCAUUAUAUAGGAUGUAUCUGAACUUCA